AUGUCUGUUAUUAAGUUUAAUGGGCUUAACUUCAAUGAAUGGUGUGAACAAAUUCAGUUUCACCUUGGUGUUUUGGAUCUUGAUUUGGCGCUCUUAAGUGACAAGCCUGGUGAUCUUAAUGAUGAAAGUACUGCUGAGCAAAAAUCUUUCCAUAAAUCUUGGGAAAGAUCUAACAGACUAAGCCUAAUGUUUAUGCGAAUGGCUGUAAAAAACAACAUCAAGUCCACAUUUAAGAAAACUGAAAAUGCUAAGGAAUUUAUGAAGUAUGUGGAAGAAAGCUCUCAAUCUGACUCAGCUGAUAAGUCACUUGCUGGGACACUAAUGGGUACGUUAACCAAUAUGAAGUUUAAUGGUUCUCGUACCAUGCAUGAUCAUGUCGUCGACAUGACAAACAUAGCAGCAAGAUUGAAGACCAUGGGAAUGGAAGUGAAUGAAAAUUUCCUAGUAACGUUCAUCCUUAAUUCCUUACCUUCGGAGUAUGGCACAUUUCAUGUCAAUUAUAACACUCUGAAGGAUAAAUGGAAUGUGCAUGAAUUACAAAGCAUGCUCAUUCAAGAGGAAGCAAGGCUUAAGAAAUCAGGAGAUCAUUCAGUUAAUCUCGUUGGUCAUAAAGGAGCUGGAAAGAAACCAUGGAAGAAGAAUGGAAAGGUCAAGCAAGGACUGUCAAAGAUCAACCAGUCAUCUGACCAAAUCCACAAGAAGGAAUCAAGCAAGGAUACAUGCCGGUUUUGUAAAAAGGCUGGACACUAUCAAAAGGAUUGCCUGAAGCGUAAGGCAUGGUUCGAAAAGAAAGGGAUUUCUUACGACCCAAACCAUAAGCCAAAAUGAGAAGUUCAUCUUUAUGGGAAAUCGAGUCAAG